CGCUCAUAAUCAGUUUGGAAAAGUCAGUCUUUGCGCAAAGUGUGCCUAGAGGAUCGUGAAAUAAUUUAAAGGAUAACAAGGAUGAAGCGAUCAGUUUUGCUCUUGGCUCUAUUAGCCAUCCUGUUCUGUGCUGCAGUGGCUCAUCCUGCAGUUCUGUCAAAAUCUGAGGAGGAUUGGCUUGAACAGAUGUUAGCGGAGAGCGUAGAUAGCGGUGAACUACAGGACGUGGACGAAAGCAACGGGAACCAUAUAAGCAAACGUUCUGCCAAAGAUUCUAGUUCUUCAGAGGAGCACAAGAAUGGUGCCAAUGACAAGGUUAAGGACAAGGCGAACAGCUCUGGUGAUUCCUCAUCUGAGGAAACGACAACAACAACUACUGAACGCUCUGCCAGGAAACGGCGUUCCAUUUGUGAAGAUCUAAGCAAAUUUAAGAUCAAAUCUUCCGAUUCUGAUCUUCAAGAAGUUAAAGAAAUGUGUGCCCUAGAAUAUCGAACGAGACGCGGGGCUACUGAACAGAAUCAGGGCAGGGAUCAGAAAAUCAGCGAAGAAUCCGAACUGGACGCCCAGGCAGAGAAAGAGCUAGACGAGGAGAUGGCUCGGGUGGCGACGGAGAUUUUAACAGAGAAGGAUAACACUAGCAUCGAGGACUAUGCCCAGGGAUGUGAGGUGAUGGAGGUCAGCUCCAAGGAGGCCAAUGAGGCCACCUAUGCCGAAUGAUUGCUCUAAAAAACCUCAAGAUUUUCAAUAAACAUUAACAUAGAUUUCAAUCUA